UGCCUACAAUCAGGUUUAUUAUGGGUGGUAAGGCGUUCGAUCUUACCGGUAAUGAUUACAUCAUUCGGUAGUGACAGUACUCUUUAUGACGACUGACGCGCAAUUGCACAGGAUUCCAUUGUACAAGAUGGACUACAUUCAAUCUUUGGAAAAAGUUGACAAGUUGGAAGAAGAUUUUUUGUUAAGUAACGAUUUUCCUUCCGCAAAUUUGACCAAUUACAAAAACAUAAAUUACUAUGGCAUUAUUAAAAUUGGAACUCCGCAGCAAGAAUUUAAAGUUGUAUUUGAUACUGGUUCCCCACAUCUUUGGAUAUUCUCCAAAAAUUGCAAAAUUCCUGUUUGUUCAGGACAUAAUCUAUAUGAUAGUGCAAGAUCCGAGACAUACAAUAAUACAGUAAAAAGAUUUUCACGUUUUUAUUAUGGCUCAUACGAUGUAGAAGGAUACUUAGCUGCCGAUAAAGUGAAUGUUGCCAACCUCAAUGUUCAGAAUCAAAUAUUUAUGGAAGUAAUUAAUAUGUUAAGAAUAUAUCCUAAUUUUUCUAGACCAUACGAUGGUAUCUUGGGCCUGAGUUAUUCCUACAUAUCUGCCAGUGAAAUAAUGUCUGUCUUCGAUAACAUUAUUGAACAAGAUCUAGUAUCACCACACAUUUUCAGUUUUUAUCUAAAUAGAGACACUUCAGCCGAUUUAGGUGGUGAAUUGAUAUUGGGUGGUUCCGAUCCUGCUUAUUAUGAAGGGAAUUUCACAUAUAUUCCUGUUACUCGCAUAGGAUACUGGCAAAUUAGCAUUGAUAGGAUCGAAAUAAAAUCUAAUAAUCUGUGCGAGAAAAGCUGCCAAGCUAUCGUUGAUACAGGCACUACGCUAAUAUUAGGACCAAAAUUGGAUAUCGCAAAGAUUAAUACAUUUAUUGGAGGUGAUAAACGUAAAAGAGUGGACUGCAAUAAAAUUUUCCAAUUGCCUACAGUCAGUUUUAUUAUGAAUGGUAAGGCGUUCGAUCUUACCGGUAAGGAUUACAUUAUUCGGCAUCCAAAUAAUGAAAGUAUAUGUAUAAUCGCCUUCUCGAAAGAUGACCUAAUACAAUAUGAAAAUGAAAUAUGGAUACUGGGCAUGCCAUUUAUUGGCCGUUACUACACCGAGUUUGAUAUGGAGAGAGACCGAGUGGGAUUUGCUUUGGCAAAAAAUUCAUCGAAACAUAUAAACAAUAUUUCUUUGUCACCAUUUAUUGAUAGUAAUUACACCGAGUUUGACAUAGAGAAAGACCGAGUGGAAUUUGCUUUGGCAAAAAAUUCAUCGAAACAUAUAGAAAAUAUUUCUUUGUCACCAUUUAUUGAUAGUAACUACACCGAGUUUGACAUAGAGAAAGACCGAGUGGGAUUUGCUUUGUCGAAAAAUUCAUCGAAAUGUAUAGAAAAUCUUUUAUUGUCACAUUUUAUUGUAUACUUUAUCACGACGAUCAUUGACAUAAAUCGUGCUCGGAUGUCAUCAAAAUAUCUAAUUGUAAACUUUUCUUCACGCGUUAGCAGAUCAACUGUAUAUAAUAGUGUUCCAUCGUACAAGAUGGAUUACAAUCAAACUUCGAAAAAAGUUGAUAUCAAGUUGCAAGAAAUUUCUUUGUUAAAUGAUAAUCUUCCAUCAGUACGUUUGACUAAUUUUAAAAACGUGAUUUACUAUGGCUUCAUUAAAAUUGGAACUCCACCGCAAGAAUUUAAAAUUAAAUUUGUUUUGGAUUCCACACAUCUUUGGGUGUUCUCCAAAAAGUGCAUAAUCUCUGGUUGUUCACGGCAUAAUCAAUAUGAUGGAAUGAAUUCCUCCACAUGUAUACCAAAUAAUAUUAUGGCUAAUAUAAAAUACGCCGGUUACAUAAUUGGUGGAUACCUAUCUACUGAUGUAGUGAAUGUUGGCAAUCUCAAUGUGAAGAAUCAUACAUUUACGGAAACAGUAUACUUAUCACAUGGACAUAUAUUUGAUGCAUUUGGCGACCAAGAACUUGAUGGUUUCGUCGGCCUGCUCUCUUCCAAAUUAUAUUAUGGUAGAAUAACGUCUGUCUUUGACGACAUGAUUAAACAAGGUCUAGUGUCAUCACACAUUUUGAGUUUUUAUCUAAAUAGAAACACUUCAGCCGAUUUAGGUGGUAAAUUGAUAUUCGGUGGUUCCGAUCCUGCUUAUUACGAAGGAGAUUUGACAUAUAUUCCUGUUACUAACAAAAAGGACUUGCAAUUUACCAUUGACAGUAUCCAAAUAAAUGAUUUUACUUUGUGCGAGAGAAGCUGCCAAGCUGCCAUUGACCCAAGUCUUUGGCAAAUAACUGGACCACGAUUUGAUAUUGCACAUAUUUAUGAAUCUAUUAAAAAUAAUCCACAGGGAGUAGUGGACUGCGAUCGAAUUUUCCAAUUGCCUACAAUCAGAUUUAAUUUGAGUGGUAAGACGUUCAAUCUUACCGGUAAGGAUUACAUCAUUCGGCAUCCAGAUGAUGAAAGUAUAUGUCUAACCGUCUUCUCGAAACAUGAUGCAAAACCUGGCAGUAAAAUAGAAUGGAUUCUGGGAAUGCCAUUUAUUGGCCGUUACUACACCGAGUUUGAUAUGGAGAGAGACCGAGUGGGAUUUGCUUUGGCAAAAAAUUCAUCGAAACAUAUAGAAAAUAUUUCUUUGUCACCAUUUAUUGAUAGUAAUUACACCGAGUUUGACAUGGAGAAAGACCGAGUGGAAUUUGCUUUGGCAAAAAAUUCAUCGAAACAUAUAGAAAAUAUUUCUAUGUCACCAUUUAUUGAUAGUAAUUACACCGAGUUUGACAUGGAGAAAGACCGAGUGGGAUUUGCUUUGGCAAAAAAUUCAUCGAAACAUAUAGAAAAUAUUUCUUUGUCACCAUUUAUUGAUAGUAACUACACCGAGUUUGACAUAGAGAAAGACCGAGUGGGAUUUGCUUUGUCGAAAAAUUCAUCGAAAUGUAUAGAAAAUCUUUCAUUGUCACAUUUUAUUGUAUACUUUAUCAUCAUUUUUUCUAAUUAUUUGUUUAGUUUUUGAUAAGAAAAUAAUUCAAUUUUUUAAAAUCGACAACCGGCAAAGUUUGCAUGUCAUCAAUGUGAAUUUUUGCACAAUACGUACAAAAUUGUAUUUUAAUUUUUCAAAGCAAUACUUUAUUGUAGAAACAGCUGAUAUGAGCUUAUUGCUAAUUAGAAUGCAAAUUUUUGAGACCAGAGUCAUUUGCUAAGUUCAUUGAUGCAUGAUUGUCUGGUCGACAUAAUCAAUCUAUUCUUUCAAAACGCUGAUUGCUCCUUUGUUAUCAUUCUUAAUCACGCGCACAUUUAAUAAUUUAUUUUAAUACAAUUUGUUUUAAUUAUAAAACAAAAUAUUAAAUAAAAUAUUUUUAAAUUCUAUUGAUCGAUAGGACGGAUGUGUUUCGAAUGUGCGCGUGAUUGUAUAGCAGUCGCCAAAUUUAGAUGAACGAGAGAUCUAACAGUCGAAUACAAUUUAUUUUUUGUAUGUCCAGUCACAACGUACAGAAAGAAAUUUGCCAGAAAUUUUAGAAACAUAUUCCGCUUUCUCGUAGUGACUGUGAUAUUAAUCGACGCAGAAAUUCAAAGCUAAGUUCAUACAUUGCAUUGUAUGUGCAUUGAUUUUAUAAAAAUCUAUCUACCUCGUCGUAACCACAUUCGACUUUCGGAAAUCUAAAAUCUAUAUAAAUGUGAUUGCAUUCAUUAAACACCGAUAAAUUUUAUAUAGAAGGUUAUUCGUGCAGAGCGAUAAAUGUUUUCGAUUUUAUGGUAAUGUUACAAAAAUCAUUUUCUCUUUUUAUUAUAAG